CGUGAAGGCAGCAAACGGAUCAAGCUGGAGGAGCGUAAAAAGUGAACGCGAGCAGGAGCCGCGAGGACAACAAGUUAGCGCGGAUAAUGGGACCAUUGUGCUCCAGCAAGGCAGACCGCAGGCGUGUUUACUGAGCCGUCACAUGCCGCCGGCCAACUUUUAGCUCGGAUUCAGUCGUCGUUUCGUUCGGCGGGUCAGUUAAAAACAGAGUUCUGCUUUCAGUCGGAUGUCAGUGAGUGAGACAGGUCACUUUUAAAGACAGGCAGGCAGACAGGUCGGCUGCACGGCUUCCGCUGGGGGACAUUUUCGGCUCUGUUCACUUCAAUGUCCACAGUAAACUGCGCGGAGGAGCUGGACUUCAGACUCAUCUUUGAGGACGACGGCAGGCAAACGGCAGGUCCAGAUCUCGAUGUGAGGACGUUUCCCUCCUCCGCGCAGGCUCUGGUCGAGCAGCCCUUCAUCCAGGAGCUGCAGAGUUCCCCCUCAUGUUUCACCUCAGACCCACAUGUUGGAUACCAACUUCAGGGGCCCCAGUACGGUGCCCAGGUGAACCCCAGAGCCUUUGACUGCCCCAGCAUUCAGAUUACCUCCAUUGCUCCAAACAACCAUUUGGAGCCCGACAGUAGCCAGGAUGUUUUGGCAGUGGGCGGGGCAGAGGGGGGUUACAGCGACGCAUCCUGGUCCAGAGACCAGCUGUACCUCUCUCUGGAGCCCCGCUACCGGGAUCCGGCUCUGUGCCCGAGCCCGUGCAGCAGCCUCUCCUCCAGGAGCUGGAUCUCCGACCUCUCCUCUUGUGAGUCUUUCUCGCAUACCUACGAUGAUGUGGAGGGGGAGCUACCUGAUGCCGCCCGCCUCGCUAUGGGUUCCCCCCUCAGCUCGCCUUUUGGUUCUCCGGGCUGUGGGGGCGGAGCCUUUGGGGUAGAGCUGUGGCAGCAGAAGUACCAGCAUCCUUUGGCCUUCAACCCGGCGCUCUCGCCCCAUCAGUCACCUCGCCAGUCGCCCCGCCAGUCACCGUGCCACUCUCCUCGAACCAGCGUGACAGAUGAGAGUUGGCUCAACCGCCGGCCCACUUCCAGGCCGUCAUCCAGGCCAACCUCCCCCUGUGGUAAGAGACGCCACUCCAGCGCCGACCCUCAUGCGCGCUCUCCGUCCCCUCACCACUCACCCAGCCCCACACCAGGCGCCUCCCCACGGGGCAGCGUGACAGAUGAAACCUGGGUGGGAAGCCCUGCCGGCGCCCUCGGACCCCUCCUCAUGUGCGGAUUCCCUGAGCUGGACGUUCCCUCCAAGACUAGGAGGACGUCGGGGAGUCAGUUGGUCCUCCUGGCAGGUCAAGUAGACGCCAGUCUGGAGUCCUUCCAGGAUCCUCCCGCAGAAGAGGGGCGGGAACAAGAGGGCCUGGCCGAGCUCUUCCUUCAGGUGCCCUCCCACUUUACCUGGAACAAACCCAAACCCGGAAACGCCCCUCUGUUCAGGACCUCAUCGCCCCCUCCUUUGGACUGGCCUCUGCCCAGCCAGUAUGACCAGUGCGAGCUGAAGGUGGAGGUCCAGCCCAAGUCCUACCACAGGGCGCAUUACGAGACGGAGGGCAGCCGCGGAUCCAUCAAGGCAGCUGCUGGACAUCCUAUCGUUAAGUUGCACGGAUGCAGCGAGCAGCGGGUCGGUCUGGUGCUGUUCAUCGGCACCGCGGACGACCGAUACAUUCGUCCUCACCCCUUCUACCAGGUCCACCGAGUGACGGGGAAGACGGUCACCACCAUGUGUCAGGAGAAAAUUAUGGAUUCCAUCAAAGUGCUGGAGAUCCCUCUGCUUCCAGAGAACGACAUGUCUGCCAGCAUCGACUGCGCCGGCAUCCUGAAGCUGCGUAACGCCGACAUCGAGCUAAAGAAAGGAGAGACGGACAUCGGGCGGAAGAACACGAGGGUGCGGGUGGUGUUCAGGGUCGCCAUCCCUCAGCCGGACGGCCAGAUUCUGUGGCUGCAGACAGCGUCGAUUCCCGUGGAGUGCUCCCAGCGCUCAGGUCAGGAGCUCCCUCAGGUGGACAGCUUCAGUCCAGCCAGCGGCUCCGUAGAGGGAGGACAGGAGCUGCUCAUCAGCGGGCCCAACAUUUCCGCUCAGUCCAGGGUUGUUUUCAUGGAGAGAGGGCCCGAUGGAAGAUCGCUGUGGGAAACCGAUGCCAGAGUCGUGCCUGAAAAAUGCAGCGGAUCCAGCAUCGUGGUGGAGGUUCCUGUGUACAAUAAGAAGGCGACGUCGCCGGUCCAGGUCCAGUUCUACGUCACUAACGGGAAGAGAAGGAAAAGUGUGACGCAGAGCUUCACCUACCUGCCUGGAGUCAGACACCACGGUCCUCCCGCUGUCGCCACAGUCAAGCAGGAACGCUGGGAGCCAGAUCGCAUCUCCCAGAAUCCACCUGGCUUCAGCUUGACGGCCUCGCGCAACGGCACGCUCAGUCCUGACGUGGCGUACUAUGGUUCCUGUGACCUCCUGGUGCAGUGUGGUCCCCAAAGCAACCCCCAUCUCCACCAUCCUCACGCCUCUGCUCCCCUUCAGACCCCUUUAAUGUAUCCUCAGACGUCCUCGGUCCCACUCCAAGUCUCCUUGCCUUCGCAGACCACCUUGAUUCCCCUUCAGUCCUCCGUCAUGGCUCCUCAGAUCACCACGAUUCCUCCUCCAGCCUCUUCUGUCCCACUUCAGACCUUCUCCGUCCCUCCACACUCCUCCCCUGGUGGAUCUCAGAGGGACCUGUCUCUGAGUCCCAGGAGUACCUUUGUGACACCCGCCAACCCCCCGAAGGACUCUGCGCUGGCCGGGCCGGGGGAGGCGCUCAUCAUCAAGCAGGAGCCGGAGGAGCAGCCGCCUCUGGGAUCUUUAGGCCUCCAGGAGAUCACGCUGGAUGAUGUGAACGAGAUCAUCGACAGGGACAUCGGUGGCCUGGUUGGCGGCGACCAACCCGACCGGUACGACUGGGAGCCAAAGUCCGGCGCCGGCACCUUACCGUUCUGCGGAGGCCCUCAGUAGCACCAGCGCUCUCAGGAACAUCGUUUUUCUUCUGCUGUUUGCACAAAGUGCUCCAAACUGAUCUUCAAGUGCCUGAAAUCAUCAGAUGACCGUUUCCUCGUCUGUCUCAGGAAUUUUAGAGAGAAACCGACUCGUACCUCACAGACAAACCAAAGAUUUAACUUUUCAUGAGCGAAUCGGAGGAAGAUUAAAGGGCUGAAAUUUAACUUUGUCAUAAUAAUUCUAACAAUCGGUGACGUCAGACGUAAAGUAAGAAAAUUCUGUUAUUUAUUGGCCAGUAAAUUACACAUAAUCUAUUUUUGAUACUCUGGAUCUGAUCCUCAAACCUGAAAUCCUUCAGCUGAUUUACAUUUUUAUAGCUUUGUUUUACACUCGUUUACAUCUCCUUCGCCCGGUUUAACGUUGAUGCUUCUCGACCGAACUGUUGUGGUGUGACACGGCAUUUUAGAAACAUGUUUAAGGUUGAAGUAAAAAGAAAAACAAACUUGUUGUGUGUCCGAGUCUUUUCUUUCAGAGGAUUUCAGAGCCCGACGACCAACACGUGCGCUGAAACAGCAACGUUUCAUUACAGGGAGGUCAGAGGUCACGGUUGGUAAUAUUCUUCUCUACAGGAACAACCAGAAGCUGCUUGGAGUUAAAGAAUGACUCGCGCAUGACGACAGCUGCUGCUGUGUUUGCAGCAGUGAAAGAUUUUAGAAAAGAAAAGAUGACGAACAAACGAGCUGCAGCAGAGACUUUUUUAAUCUUUUCUAACACUCGUGUUGAUGUCGUCUUUGGAGCUCCUGUGUUCAGCACCAUGAAGUCUGAAGGACCAAUAAGAGCAGCUAUGGUUCAGUGUCCCGCCCUCGUGUGGCCGUAAGCAGCUGUAACGCUCUGCUCAGGCCCGAUGACUGAGGCACAUCUAUAUUUUCACAUUUUAAGGCAAAACCUUUAAAGCCUUGAAGUAACAAAAGCUGCUGCUUGGUCCUUUUUUUAACACGAGCUCGCCUCAGAUUUUUGAUCUUCUGACAUCAUGACGGGGUAUAAAUAAACUGCGAUCCCACCAUAAUGGCGACGGCGAGCUUCAGGUUAGUCCGUCACACAAAGAGCUGCUGGUCUGGGUCGGUUUGAACGAAGCAGAAUUCCUCCACGGCCGAGUCCGACCUGGAUGUCCAGCAGCUGUCGGCGCAGGUGUAGACUAGCACCGUCCCAAAUUCCAGCUCCACCCCUGCACCGCCGCGCUCCCCCUGCAGCAGGCUUACCAGCGCGGGCAUGAGCUGCAGCUCGAAUGUCCGGGAUCCUCCGCAGGAGCCACACGCUGGCACCAGCUGCGCCACGUUGGACGGCGGCUCGGAGAUGAAGAGCGGCUUCCCGCCGCGGCAGUAGCGCAGGAUCUGCUGCGGACACACAGAGAUCGUCUUCAUGAACCUGGAGAAGACGGCGUCUCCGUGUCGGGCUCCGGUCUUCUCAUACUUCUCGUCCCCGCCUCCUCCGCUUCCCUCUAACUCCCCCACUGCCACGCCCUCCCGCCUCUCGUACUCCCUCAGCAGCUCCUGAGCGUGCUCCAGGUCGCCGUCCUCCCCGCACACAUCCGUCUCCUCCACCACGCUGAUGAAGAAUGGACAGAAGGCGGUCACGUCCUCCUGGGAGUCCCCCAGACUGAGGUCACAAAGACGGCUGCUGACGUCCGUCUCACCACCUGUCAGGGG